UUCCACACGAAAUUAAUAAAAACUCCUCGAAUUUCUAAAAAAAUUAGUUAAAAAUUGUUAAAAAUGGAUGUUGCUGACGCUCAUAUCGGUCAAUUACGUGUUAAAGAUGAAAUUGGGCUCCGUUGCCAGAAAUUAUUUCAGGAUUUCUUGGAAGAAUUUAAAGAAGAUGGACAGCUAAAAUACCUCGCAGCUGCCAACGAACUCGUCUCUCCGGAUCGCAGUACACUCGAAAUCAGCUUCGAGGACCUGGAAAUCCAAAAUCAGAAUCUCGCAACGACCAUUAUCGAAGAAUAUUACCGUGUUUAUCCCUUUUUAUGUCAAGCGGUGAGCAAUUUUGUCAAAGAUCGCGCCGGUUUGAAGAAGGAAAAGGAAUGUUACGUGUCCUUUACUGACGUUCCAACGCGUCACAAGGUCCGGGAACUCACAACGAGCAAAAUUGGGACUUUAAUCCGUAUUUCUGGGCAAGUUGUAAGAACGCAUCCCGUUCAUCCGGAGCUUGUACUUGGUACUUUCACUUGUAUGGACUGCCAAACUGAGAUAAAAGACGUCGAACAACAAUUUAAAUUCACCCAACCGACAAUUUGCCGCAAUCCAGUAUGCGCGAAUCGACGACGCUUCAUGUUGGAUGUCGAUAAAUCGCUUUUUGUGGACUUCCAAAAGGUUAGGAUUCAAGAAACGCAAGCUGAAUUGCCUCGUGGAUGUAUCCCAAGAAGCGUGGAGGUGAUUUUACGUGCGGAAAUUGUCGAAACUGUUCAAGCUGGGGAUCGGUAUGACUUUACGGGGACCUUGAUUGUCGUCCCAGACGUCGGAAGUCUUCAGAUGCCCGGUGCCAAAGCGGAAAUGGGGUCGCGUCACAAGCCGGGAGACAAUUCGACGGAAGGUGUGCGUGGUUUAAAGGCUCUCGGAGUGCGUGACUUGAGUUAUCGGAUGGCUUUUCUCGCUUCAAGUGUUCAGGUGACGUCAUCUCGUUUCGGGGGCACAGAUUUACCGAUGCACGAAGUCACGGCGGAAGAUAUGAAGAAUCAUAUGACCGAUGCGGAAUGGAAUCGUGUCUAUCAGAUGUCACGUGACACGAAAUUGUACACGAAUUUGAUACAUUCGCUCUUUCCGUCGGUUUAUGGCAACGACGAAGUCAAACGGGGGAUCCUUUUGCAACUUUUUGGAGGUGUGGCGAAGACAACGCAUGAAAAAACUUCACUUCGAGGCGAUUUGAAUGUUUGUAUCGUAGGCGAUCCGAGUACCGCGAAGUCCCAAUUCUUGAAACAAGUGGCGGAUUUUUCCCCGAGAGCGGUUUACACGUCGGGCAAGGCUUCAACGGCGGCUGGUUUGACAGCAGCUGUCGUUCGGGAUGAGGAAAGUUUCGAUUUUGUCAUCGAAGCGGGCGCUUUAAUGUUGGCGGACAACGGAAUUUGUUGCAUUGACGAGUUUGAUAAGAUGGAUCCGCGCGAUCAAGUCGCCAUUCACGAAGCGAUGGAACAACAAACAAUCUCCUUGGCAAAAGCAGGCGUUCGAGCGACACUUAACGCAAGAACUUCAAUUCUCGCUGCUGCUAAUCCGAUCGGAGGACGUUACGAUCGCUCGAAAUCCUUGCAGCAAAAUAUUCAGUUGACAGCUCCGAUUAUGUCGCGUUUUGAUCUUUUUUUCAUUCUCGUCGAUGAAUGCAAUGAAGUUGUCGAUUACGCGAUUGCACGGAAAAUUGUGGAUCUCCAUUCGCACAUUGAGAAUACCGUUGAACAAGUUUAUUCGCGGGAAGAUGUUUUGCGCUAUAUUAUGUUCGCGCGACAAUUUAAGCCGGUCAUCAGUGAGGAAAGUCGCGAAUUGUUGGUACAAAAUUACGGGCAUUUGAGACAACGUGAUUCGGGGACUGCGGGCAAAAGUACGUGGCGCAUCACAGUUCGGCAGCUGGAAAGUAUGAUUCGGUUGAGUGAGGCAAUGGCGAAGAUGGAAUGUUCGCAGGAGGUGUUGCCGAAACAUGUGAAGGAGGCUUAUCGGUUGCUAAAUAAGUCGAUUAUUCGCGUGGAGCAGCCAGAUAUUCAUUUGGAUGACGAGGAUGAGAUUGAAACUGCCAUGACGAUGGAUACGGAUGAGCCACAAGACGAAAACACAGCUCCCAACACCGUAGAAAAUGGCACUCCCGCAAACGGCACCGACGAUCUCGUCAAAAAGAAGAAACUCACCCUCAGCUUCGAGGAAUACAAAACAAUUUCCAACAUGAUAAUCCUUCAUAUGCGUCAAGAAGAAACCCGCAUGGAGGUCGAAGAAGUCGAUUCUGACGGCUUGAAGCGUUCCGACAUCAUCGGUUGGUAUUUGGAGCAAAUCGCCGAGACAAUCGAGUCCGAAGACGAACUCAUCGAGAAGAAAACUCUCGUGGAAAAAGUUCUGGAUCGCUUGGUUUAUCACGAUCAAGUCAUUAUUCCGCUGCGAACGGCAGGCUUGAAGGGAGCUACGCCCGAAGAAACGCCCGAAACGACGGAAGAGGAUCCCGUUUUGGUCGUUCAUCCAAAUUACAUUGUUGAGACCUAAGUUUUUUUUUAUUAUUUUUGAUUUUUUUAAGUAUUUUUUUGUAUUAUUGAAUAAAAAAUGAGAAAAAUUGUUUAUUA